GGCCCGGCCGCCGAGUGCUCCUCAGCCUUGUGUGCAGGCGUACUGCUGGCAUCUGCUGCACCAGUCGGUCAUGCCUUCUUGUAUCGUCAGUGGCUGUAUUAAUAAGACUACCAAGAAGAAUUUCAUUGAGGGUGGAUUCACAAUGCACACAUUCCCGUCUAGUCUCUCCAGGAUAAAGCUGUGGCUCACAAGUAUCGAAAAGAAUAACCAUCAGUAUUUCGAAAACAUUGAUGCUCUGGCUGAGAACAUUUUCUGUAAAAAGAAUAACAGCUCUUUUCGCAUUUGCUCAGACCAUUUUUUGUCAGAAUGCUACGCUCCAGGACACAGUAAGCGAAGAGCUCUGAGACCGGACGCAAUACCCACACGUUUCUGCGCACCACUUAACUUGACCUCUUUCCAUGACUCUCCCCCUCCACAACAAUCCCCUUUCAUGGUGGAUGCCAUCACACAGACCGAUCCGUAUACAAAUACUGAGGACAAAGGUGCGCAGUGGCCGGAAUUUGAGUUCAAUGUUGAAAGGCCGGCUUGGAAGAUUGAGCAUGACCAUGGGUACCACACAUCUACUGCUAGCUCCUAUGUAAGUACCAAAGAUAACCCUAUGAUUUACGGCUUACAACAGUCAACUCAGCCAAAACAACCAGGGGUCCCGAAAUCCGCUCGCUGCCCAGCACUAACAGAGGGCCACACACCUCAUUCAUCUGUGUAUUCGGAUAGGGACAGGAGUAUGCAUCAAGAAUCUGCUGACGAGAACUGUGUAAAGGAACGCAAAUUUAUUGUCUUCGAGUCAUGCCUUGACGUUCUGUUUGCAAAUGUUAAAUGUAAAAUUGAACACUGUUACGCCCCAGUUGUUCAUACCCAAAAACAUGUUCUGGGCUCUUACUUGUCUGUGACUGGUCAGUGCCGUAAAGGGCACCUCUUCCACGUAUGGCACAGUCAGCCCACCAGAGGUGAAUCUGCUCUUGGAAAUGUCUUGAGCUCGGCUGCUGUGUUAUUUAGUGGAUCAAAUUUUUCCAAAGUACGGGACAUGUGUGAGUUGUUGGGACUGCAGUUCAUAUCACGCAGUUUAUAUGACCUAUAUCAGCGAAAGUAUCUCUUUCCCACGGUGAACGUUCACUGGCAGCAGGAACGGUUGAGACUCAACGUAGCUUCUUUAGGUACUCAACUAUGUCUUGUAGGUAACGGAAAAUGCGGUACUUAUGAGGACGGUUCCAAGUAUGGGAUCUACACUUUCCUUGAUGUUGCUACCAAAAGAAUUGUAGACUUUGAAACUAUUCAGGGAACUAAAGAGAACUCCUCUGCAGCUUUGAAACAGAAAGCAUUUGUAAAGUGCUUAAAAAGGAUACUACAGAACCGGUUUGAGGUGAAAUCAGUGGUCACAGACUACCAACCAAAAAUAAGAAAGACUUGUGAGCAGUACUACAGGAUCCAUCAUAAGUAUGAUGUUUGGCAGUACACAGAGAGCCUAGAGAAACGUCUUCAAGCUGCAAGCAAGAAGGAAAAUUGUUCUGUAAUAGCAGAAUGGAUUCCUAGCAUAAAGAAACACUUGUGGUGGUGCUGCGCUACUAGCAAAAGAAAUGGCGAGGUGCUCCGAGAACUGUGGCAAUCUCUGCUAAUGCAUGUGACCGAUCAACAUGAAUGGGAUCACGGUGAAAUGUGCAAUGCGUGUGCACACAGACCAUUAACAAAACUUGAACGUCGUUGCCAACCCUGGAUGAAAGAAAACUCCCAGCCAUAUCUUGCACUGUACGAUGUGGUUAUGAAUCCCACAGUCCUAAAAGACCUUGAUCAUCUCUCUCAGUUUUUGCAUGCUGGAGAACUAGAGGUUUAUCACCAUUUUGUAUCAAAAUACAGGCCCAAAAAGGUUCAUUUAAAAAUGGAUGCAUUGGAAGCUCGCCUUAAGCUCGCAGCACUGGCGCACAAUGCAAAUGUUCCCAGACAAUGUGCAAAGGCCAAGUCUAUAUGGCAUAGAAAAGCUGCUAUUGGAACACACAGUGUGGUUUCCACACAGAGAAAAACAUGCGGCUUAAAAAAACUCCAGGGGCCAUCUACUAAUUCACACUUAUUACCCUUGAUGACUGAUGUCUUAAAGUUCUUUGAUUGCCGCCUUACAAAUGAUCUUUCCUUGUGGACGUGCGUAAAGAUAAAGAAGUCUGGCACUUCUACAAAUAAAAGUCUCGUCUAUCACACAGAGUUUAUCGAGUUUAAGAAAUAGUAAAACUUGCAGGAUGACAGGCUGAACUGGAUGGACAGAUGUCUUUUUUCGGCCUUAACUAUGUUACUAUGUUACUAAAAGAGUUUCGGAAAGAAAAAUAGAAAUAAGUAAAAGAUGUGCGCAAGGAAACUGCCCAACCACGGAUCACAAUAAUUUCAGACUAGACCUGGAAAAGAGUCACGGCCACCUGAGAAGAGUCAUGGUUAUUCAUGGAUUCCUGCUCUCCUGCCCACCUGCUGAUGACGGACAG